AAUAAGCAUGUGGAAUUGCGAGUUGACUCUGGCAUUUUCACUAGUGCCGAGAAACAUCUUGAAGCAGAUGAAGGGGUAAAAGGAGACACCAUAAGUGCUAUGUCUCAUGCUGUGUCUGAUGUUCUCACUGGUGCUGAAGGCCAGUUUCUUAUGGGAGAGUCUGAACCAGAUGAAGCUGAAAAAAAAAACAGAGAAAACAACGAUGUGGAUAUGUUGGGUGAAUCUAACACGUCCUUUAACCUAGAGAUGCACAUGCCGUUUGGAGACUCCGAACUAGAUGGAACAAAAAACAUAAGAGAUUAUACAGCUACCACUUGCGAAGAGUCUUUUGUUUUCAUUUCUCCAGAGAGACGACAACUUCUACUGAACUUUGAACCAUACAGUGCUGGUAAGAAAGAACAAACGGUGGUGGACGACAGUGUGGUUCAGGAAAGUCUUCUUGCAGCUUCGGAUUUCAGAGAAAAUACCAUUGCUGACUCAAGCAGUAGUAUCGCAUCCAAAUUUGUUUACAGCAAUGACUCUAGUGCUGGGAUAGAAACUGCAGGCGCAGAGUUGAUGCCAAAAGGUUCUCAGGUAGAGGAUGUUGCAGGUCUAGAUACUACACAAGGGUCAAAGAAAAGCAGAGAGCAUUUUUCACAUGUUGACUCGUUAAAUCUUUUUGAUUUUGAGAUUGAAGAGGCAGAGACAAUCAUGGAAGCAGAAAGAAAUGUUUCCUUUAGCUCGUAUGUUGCGUUACCAGCCAAAGGUAACUCCGAGACAGUUGACGAGAUUUCCCACGACCUUGAAGGUGCUGGAACCUGUUCCAUGGUGUCUGAAGAAUCUGGUCCUUCCACAGACAAUCAGAAUCAGAUAAGUGAUGCGCUGGAAGAAUUGGCAAUAACAGACAUUAAUGAAGCAGAUGAGCUAACAAAGAACAUUCAAAAAGGCUUCGAGGGAAAUUUCCUGUUGAAUUCUUCAGGUGGCUCCUAUGUCAAUGUCACUGGAAAGACAUGCAUCUUAGUUGGAACGGAGGAUGAAGAUAAAGCAGCUGGUCCUGUUGCUACUGCCUUUGAGAAAACAAUCUCUCUGACCCCUGAUGAAUUUACUGUUCAGAAUAACAUGAAUGAAAAAGAUUUGGAAAUGAUCAGGAGAGAAGCUACUCCUGAGAUUAGAAAGGAUUAUUUAAACAUUGAUGAAACAGGCGCGAUAUCCGAGAUGCAAGUGAGAAGAGAACCAAGCUUGAUUUACAGAACACAAGUGAAGCCUAAAAGGCAUGACAUGAAAGAGAAUGCACCAAACUUGAAGAUUGUGCAUAAUCUUAACGUAACAGCUCCAAGAACAUCAAAGAGACAGCCGCUCCAAGACUUGGGGAAGAACUAGAAGACGAAUCUGCAUAUCUCAUGCACUUAUC